AUGUCCGUAUCACAAUUCUUUUUCCAAACAUUUGACUAUGCUACCUUUUUGAGAUCUAUCAAUCUUCAAUUAUUGGAAACUGAUAUUACUUCUUGGGUCCUUCGUUAUACUUGUGGUGACUGCCUUAUGUAUAAUAAUCAAAUCAUCUAUACAAAUAUUCCUCUUAUUGCUUAUGAACUAUUUAAAGAAUUUUUUUUUACAAAACCUUGUUACUUUUUUGAAUUUAUUAUAAAAUCUGGUAACCUUCUUUCUUAUCCAUUAUCAAAAGUAAUUAGUCAAAUGUCCGGGAUCAAUACUUGUUUUUCCCCUCUGAAUUCCUUCACAUACAAUCAGGAUCUAGGUAUGCUCACUGAUUUUUCCGUAGCAUUGAAUUCUUUGAUUAGACAAAAUUGCAAUCAAAUCAACAAAAUUUGUAUUUAUUAUGAUCAACAAUUUGUAAAUUUACCAAUGGCAAAUUUAAUUAAUUUGCAAAAAAAUCUAUAUGAUAUAACUAUUUCUAAUAUAACUCCUUAUUUUAACAAUAAUGUUCAUUUCUUUAAUUGGAAACUUCCUAUUUCUAAUGCGAUUAUAAAUAAUGCAAAUACUAUUACUAGAUUUUGUAUAAUUGAUUGCCAUUUUCCUUUGGAAAAUUUAUCUCUUUUUGUUAACCUUGAACAUUUAAGACUUGAAAAUUUUGGAAAUUAUACUCAAAAAUUUACUUCAUUAUCCUCUAUUUCAUUUCAUCAUUUAAAAACUUUUUAUUUUUCAAGUAGACAAGCUUCUACAAAUUUAUCUAUCUUUUCUAAAUUUAUUGAAAAUUGUGGUGAAAAUCUUGAAGAAUUUUCUUUUAAAAGUGAUUGUUUAGAAGAUCCUAAUAAUUCUUCAUUACUCUUUAAAUCCUUUGCAAUGAAAUGUCCAAAACUUAGAACAUUUGAAGGUCCUAUUUCUCAUUCAAGUAUUGAUGAAUUAACCCUAUUUUUAAAUUCUUGUUAUUUUAUUAAUUCUUUAUUUCUUUUUCCUGCAUUAAGUAAUCAUAAUUCUUUGUUAAUCGAAGAUAAUUAUUUUGAUGUUUAUGGUUAUGAAGAUAAUUAUGACAGUGAACAUGACUUUGAUGGACUAUUAUUAAGUUUAUUGCAUACUAUGCCAUUGAAUCUGACAAAAUUAAAGUUGGGAAAUGGUUGGUUUAUUUCUGCAACUACAUUAUAUGAGUUUUUAGAAUUUAGAUUAAAUGUGAUGAAAGGUAAAAGUAUUAAAUUGGAUCAUGAAAUUAAUGUUAAAGUUAUUGGCGGUGAAUUUGAUGAAAUUUACAAAAAUUAUUGUGAGAGAUGUGGUGAAAUUUAUAAUUCUUAUUAA